UUAAAGUAAAAAUGGCUUCCUUGUCUUUGGAGUCUACAGAACAAUCCGAGAACAGCUCAGAGGAGCCCACGCCAACCGAGCCCAAAGAGGAAGAGGACCCGGUCCUGGUUUCGGAACAAUUGCUCCAAAGUUUCCAGAAGUCGGCUCUGAGUUUCUCCACUGACCAAGUCGCGUGUCUGUGCGAGGCCCUCCUGCAGGCGGGCAAUGUGGAUCGCCUGUGGAGGUUUCUCUCCACCAUACCUCCUUCGUCCGAGCUGCUACGUGGCAACGAGACCCUGCUGAAGGCCCAGGCUCUGGUGGCUUUCAACCGGGAGGAAUUCAAGGAGCUGUACGCCAUCCUGGAGAGCCACGACUUCCACCCGUCUAACCAUGGGUUCCUGCAGGACCUGUACCUCAAAGCCCGCUACAAGGAGGCGGAGAGGUCCCGGGGCCGCAGCCUGGGCGCCGUGGACAAGUACCGGCUGAGGAAGAAGUUCCCCUUACCAAAGACCAUCUGGGACGGAGAGGAGACGGUGUACUGCUUCAAGGAGAAGUCCCGCAACGCGCUCAAGGAGUGCUACAAGAGCAACAGGUACCCGACCCCGGACGAGAAGAAGAACCUGGCCAAAGCCACCGGGCUGUCGCUCACGCAGGUCAGCAACUGGUUCAAGAACCGCAGGCAGAGGGACCGGACCCCGUCCGGGACGCACAGCAAAAGUGAGUCUGAUGGGAACCACAGCUCUGAGGACGAGGCCGGCGCGAUGAACGACGCCCUCGACAAAGCCGAGGAGGCCGCCGGCUCCACGCCCUCCAUCAUCUCCGUCUCUGCGGUCCCCUGCAGCACGGGAGGCCAGCUCAUCCUCAACGGCUCCGGCGGCUUCCUCACGGCCUCGCAGCCGCUCCUCCUCAAUGGGAAUUCCCUGAUCUCCGGCGCCGGAGGUGGGGUGAUAAUUAACGGGCUGAGCCUGGGCGAAUGCCAGACAGUUACGCUGAGUCCCGUUGCAACUAACUCUCCUUUAAUACUGAACGGAGCUCAAGUAAUUACCAAGUCUGCUAUUAACGUGCAUCAGCCGCAGCAGCAGGCCGUCUCUGUGGCGGAGCAGGAGGUUUUAUCCGUGGAGACCAAGCCUGGCGCUCUUCCCACGCCAGUCUCCAACCCGACGGCUGUAAUUUCUCUCCCUCUGCAGCAGAAGUCAGAGAGUCCCAGUGCAAUGGAUUUCAUUAGUGUCCACGAACCAGAUGGCAGCAAUCAGACAGCGUCUUCCUCGUCUUCGUCUCUGUCCCCCUCCUCGCCCACCAUGUCCUCCACAACCGGCCUCCCGUCGCUCGUCCUGGCACAGAACCCUCAGCGUCAGGACUCCCUCAGCCUCGCGGCCUCUGGGUCGUCUUCUGGCGUCUCCAUCUCUUCUACGUCUGCCGGGUCUUUCUCCAGUCAGCAGGAGGAGUAUGUUGUUUAUGCCACCGCUGGCUCCCAGUUAAACCCUCCCAGCUCUGUGGUUUCCUCCAGCAAGUCCAGCCCUCAGAUCAUCUCUCUGCCCCAAGUCGUGCCUUCCAUCCAGGGUAAACCGGUGUCCCACCUGGUCCACCCCUCCUCAGGGGCCCAGUGUCCCCAGCUGGUCCCGGUGUCUCCGCUCACGUCUCCCGCCCCGCAGCUCCAAACCCCGCAGAUUCUGAACGCAGGCGGCCGACUCGCGCAGCAGGACGCCCUGCCGACCGCGUCUGAAUGCGCCGCCACCAUUGUUUCCAUCUCGCAGCUCAACGGUCAGCUCCCUCAGCAGAUGCUGCCACAGCUGGGGGAGCAGACCUCAAACUGUCCACCCAGCAAAAUCCACAACCCGCAGGUCAUUUCCAUCUCCCCCCCGACGCAAGUCGUCCCCGUCCCACAGGCCAAAGGCGGCGCGUCGUCACAGCUAGUCCCCCUCUCCGUGCCUCAGCUGGUCCCGGUCUCCUCCAUCCAGACGUCCACCCCCAUCUCCUUCCCCCAGGUGGUUCCUGCCAGCUCUUCUCUUUCCAUCCCCUCGGCCGGGUUGCCCUUACAGAUCCUGACCUCGGCUCCUGCGGCCGGCGGGGUCACGCAGGGUCCUCUCAGGAUAAACCAGCUGAGGCCCAUUCAGAGUGUGGGCCCCCCGACCAGCGUGGCCCCCGCGGUCCAGCUGCUAAACUCUGGGAUCAUUCAGCUGCCCUCUGCUCCUCCAGGGAACCUCCUGCUCGGUGGAAGCCCCUACCUGAGCGUCCAGCAGGGGAAGCUGAUCCUGACCAUCCCGGCGGGCAUUCAGCUCACCAGCGUUCCCCUCAAGCCGGACUCCGAAACCCUGCCCAUCUCUACAAACGGACUGAAUCCCAUCCUCAACCCCUCCGCCGCCCCCGUCGCCUCCCAGCCUCCUGCCGCCUCUUGCCCGACGCCCGGCGUCCUCAUGUCCCCCCCCCUGAACUUCAUCAACUCGUCGCCGCCGUACUGUGCCCCGGAGACGGCGAUCACGAGCGUCCAGACGCCCGCCGCGCCGUCCUCUCACACGCUGGAGCACUCGAUCGCCCCCACCACGCCCAGCACGCUCACCCCGGAGAGCAUGCUCGCCCUCAGCCCCAUGUACAGCGGCAUGCCGCCCAGCAUCCACCUGUCCCAGCCGGCGUGGAGCCCGGCGCCGCUCCCCACCCCCGCCGGCCUGACUCUGUUUGACGUGCGCGGUAAGGGGGACCUGCCCGUGGACCCGGCCUUGCUGGGCCUGCCCGGGGGAGAGUCGCUGCUCCUGGGAAGCCCGUCUCCGGAGCGGGACGUGGAGGCCGGCUCGCCGCUGGGGAAUCCGGAGGAGAUGGAUGGAGACGCCAAGAUCCUCACCCAGCUGCAGUCCGUCCCCGUGGACGAGGAGCUGGGCUUAUAGUCCGUUCACGGCAGCUCCACGUCUCUUUAAACAAAAGCAGUCAAACUGAGACGACAUGGUAAUGAAGAUUUUAACUCCUCCACAACCUUCCAAGUUUUUUCAGUUUUCUGUUUCAUGAUAUGAGGGAAGUUUCACCCAGUGGUUCAUUUCCACUUUGGUCUUCAGGCUUUGACUGAAAGCUUUUCCUAAAAUCUUUCAACUAACACAAAUUAAUCUGCUUUGACCCACAUUGGUUGGUUUUACAAGACUGAAAUGCUGAAGCGAUCACCGCUUCGGCUGUUCUUAGGUAGUUUUUGCAGUUUUAUGGACAGCAGACAAACUGUGUUUAGGGUUCAUCUGCAAAUAUUGGAAUAAGCCGGUUUAUGACUUCACGUUGGUUCUCUCCACAGACAGAAGCACAGUUUUAGCUGUGAGGGCUACUCAGCAGUAUUUUCAUGCAAUAAGUUACUGAAGUUUGGGUUAAAACGUGAAGCUUGACUGUAUUCUCCACAGUAAAUUGCAGGGAUGAAUGAUUCAUUGAUGCCCUCCCUGUCUGCUCAUAGGUUUGUCAAGGUACUCUGGUUUUCUCCCGCUCCCGAUCCAUGUACUUGUGGUUAUCUGGUGACCUUACAUUGACUGUAGGUCAUGAACGUGACCAUCUGUUGACACUCAUUGUGAUACUAAGUGAAACUUGUUGACAACCUGGAUAUUUUCUCACUUCUCUUAGUGUCUCCAACUAACUGUAGCAGCCCGGUGAGAGACGGACUCAAGAAAGAACAAAACAGGAAGCGAAAGGGUUAAAACUCUAUGCAAUACAUGUGUAGUUCUUCAUAGUUCAUAGGACACUAUGCCGCACAAUGGCUGAGAAACAAAGCCAGUACACUUGGGAGUUUAAAAAACAAAAAAAAAAAAAAAAAAAAAAAGCUUUGAGAGAGCUGAGCUGGGCUCUUAAAUGAAGCAUGGCACUUCAUCACACUAACAUGAACUAACUUUCUCUCUGAACCCACUAAACCAGAUUUCCUCUCAAAAGCAUCCAAAGCUUCAGUACGUUGAUGCUGAUAAGUGCCUUAUUGUUGUUUUUUAUAAUGUUCUUUUUCCUUUGUACUUCUGUUAUGAUUGUUUCGUACCUUACCAAAUAUCUGGAUUCACUUUUCCUUUUUUUUGUUUUUUUUUUUGUUUUUUUUUUUUAGCCACUUGUCUGAACCAGUGUGAUCAGUUAAACAAUGUGAUGAGUUUGGUUUGAGAAUUAUAGCUCCAUGUCUCUUUUUUUUGUUUGUUUUUGUAUAUUUUGCACAUUUCAUUCACACAAUGUUUACGCUAUGCGGCCGUGUGGUUAUGACAGCGGUCUGGCUGACUCUGCAAACAAACAAACAAAAAAAAAAACAAAACUCAAAACUCUUUCUGAACUGGACUUUAAGAUACACCAUUGGAAAAUAGGAUGCUGAUAUUUGAAAUCUGUGAUCUGAUUUCACGUUAAGAAUGAACUCUUACAAGCAUUCUGUCACAAUACAGGUAGUGAUUGAUCCUUUGGCCAAUUAUGGUACACGAAAAUACACUUCAGCGUCUCAUGUAGUUACAGAAACAGCCUGUGUGUAUCUUUUUUUUUUUGUCAUUAGUAUUGUUUGUCUCUUUUGUACAUUUAAUCUAUUUAAAGCAUGUAUCAAUCAGUUUCUUGUUUUGCAAAAAAAAAACAAAAACUUUGAAGUCAAGAAAACCGAUAGGAAAUGAUAUUCAUUUUCACAAGGAAGGUCACGUU